AUGAUCCAGGAGAGACGACUGAAGAUCCAGGAGAUCAGAGAGUCGGUGAAGAUCAGUAAAGAUGCUGCAGACAGAGAGAAAGCAGAAGGUGUUCAGGUCUUCACAGCUCUGAUAGAGUCUGCUGAGAGAGGCCUGAAGGAGCUCCUCAAGGAGAUCCAAGACAAACAGGAAACUACAGAGAAAGAGGCUGAAGACUUCAUCAGAGAUCUGGAACAGGAGAUCUCUGAGCUGAAGAAGAGGAGCUCUGAGGUCAAGCAGCUCUCACAGGAUGAAGAUCACCUCCACCUCCUCCAAAGAUUCUCCUCCCUGAAAGAUGCUCCACCCACCAAGACCUGGACAGAGGUCAGAGUUCAUCCACCAUUAUAUGAGGAGACUGUGGUGAGAGCUCUGGCUCUGUUUGAGCAGAAUAAGGAGAAGAUAUUGGAGAUGAAGAGGAUCCAGCAGUUUGCAGUGGAUGUGACUCUGGAUCCUGAUACGGCUCAUCCUAACCUCAUCCUGUCUGAUGAUGGAAAACAAGUGAAACAUGGAGAUGUGAAGAAGAAACUUUCAGACAAUCCAGAGAGAUUUUCUAAGUGUGUUAAUGUUUUAGGACAGCAGAGUUUUUCUUCAGGCAGAUUUUACUUUGAGGUUCAAGUUAAAGGAAAAACUAAAUGGACUUUAGGAGUGGCCAGAGAAUCUGUUGACAGGAAGGGAGACACCAUUCUCAGGCCUCAGAACGGUUUCUGGGCUGUUGGGUUGAGAAAUGGAUAUGAGUACUUAGCUUUUGUUGGAUCUCUAAUCCGUCUCCAUCUCCAUCCUGGUCCUCAGAAGGUGGGGGUGUUUGUGGAUUAUGAGGAGGGUCUGGUCUCCUUCUAUGAUGUAGAUGCUGCAGCUCUGAUCUACUCCUUUACUGGCUGCUGCUUCAAGGAGAAACUCUACCCAUACUUUGGUCCUGGCCUUAAUGAUGGAGGUAAAAACUCUGCUCCUCUGAUCAUCUGUCCUGUUAACCAGGCUGGUUGUUGAUCUGAUGAAUCUCCAUAAUUGGUGGACCUGUGUGACUGUAGGUGAAGUCCUAGUGGUGGGGAGGUGAGCUGGGAAACAGUCUUAGCUCACCUGAGAGCAUCAUUAGUCCUCAGGUGGAAGUCAGUUAUUCAGUUCACAUCUGGAUUAUUUACUGCAACUCCUCCUCUGUUUCUGCACAUAUUGAGCUUAAUCUGAGUUAUUAUAAAGUUUAAAAUACUGUAAUUUAUAAAUCACUGAACGGUUUAGCACCACAAUACAUUAAAGAUCUGCUGUUGUAUCAACCUUCCAGACCUCUCAGGUCUUCUGAUU